AAAAAACCUUUUUUAGCUUGCAUUUGUGUGUGAAAACUGAACUGGUGUGAAUAAUUGCCGAGAAAUAUUGGAGAACUGUUUGGUCCCAGCGUGUGAUAUUGAUUUGUGUGUGUGCGCUGUUUGGGGUGCAACGGCAAGCGUUUCGCCGCCGCCUUCUCUCCCCCUCCAACAAAGAGCCUUAACGAUUUUUAGAAAGUAAUUAAAUAGUAUUAGCAGCCGAUACAGUAAGAUUGAUAUGGCGGAACGCGAGCGUAGCAUACACGAAAUGCUGAAAGAUACGCCCUCCAUGAACGAUAGCUGCGGGGCAGUUCAUACCGGCACAGAGGGUGGCAGCAGCAUGGUUGUCGGGAUCGGGCUAUGCGGCAGCGUCAGUAGCCACAGCAUUGGAGUCGUCGCUGGAGGUGGAGGCGGGGCCGGUGUCAGUGUCGGUGGUCCCUUCAAUGCCCCCAACAGCUUGCCGUUGCGAAAUCAUUCAGCACCCACCACACCAAUGUCACCGACCAGUCCGACCUGUUCGGGAAAUGGGAUGAUACUGACAUCUGCAGAUGGCAGCGGCAGCCUGAUACGCACAAGUGCUUCCAAGAUCGAUAGCAUCAAGAACUGGAGCAUAUCCACAUACAAGUGUACGCGCCAGAUAAUGCUCGAGAAGCUGGGCAAGUCGCAGCGCACUGUCGACUCCGAGCUGGAGGCGCAAAUCGAACAGCUACGGGAGACGCAACGAAAGUAUUUAUCAAUCUUACGCCUAACGAGAGCAUUUAGCUCGCAUUUCCAGCAUGUGGUCGUCUCACAGCAUGCCCUGGCCGAUUCGUUUGCCGAUCUGGCGCAAAAGAAUCCCGAACUGCAGAAGGAGUUCACCUGCAACGCAGAAACGCAACGAAAUCUAACAAAAAACGGCGAACUGCUGCUCAAUGCAUUAAACUUUUUCAUUUCGUCGGUCAACACGCUGUGCAACAAGACCAUCGAUGAUACCCUACUGACGAUACGACAAUACGAAACGGCUAGGAUCGAAUUUGAUGCCUAUCGCAUGGAUUUGGAGAACUCCAAGCCGGAGAUAACACAGUCGGCAACCGCCUUGGAAGAAACCCAACGAAGUUAUGCCCAACACAAGGAUCAGUACGAGAAACUGCGCUCCGAUGUGGCUGUCAAAAUGCAAUUUCUCGACGAGAAUCGCAUCAAAGUGAUGCACAAGCAACUGAUUCUGUUGCACAAUGCCAUUGCUGCGUACUUUUCGGGAAAUGCCAUGGCACUGGAAAGCACUCUGAAGCAAUUCAAUAUCAAGCUUAAGUCACCGAAUGCCGUCACCGGAUCCUGGCUGGAACAGUAGUAUCCACUCGAAACACACGAUUCAGACAUGCCACAAGAGGAACAACCAGCGCCAUUCCUUUUCACUUGCUGAACGAGCACGCUCUCUAAAAAAAAAAAGUUUAAUUGCAUGGAAGGAUCGUAAUAAUAUUUAAUUCCUAACUUUAAGUCGAAUUCCUAAACCGUAAGAUGAAAGUGGUGAUGUGACUGUAUGUUAUAUAUUUUUCCAACUGCUUUCCACACUGUAUGUAUUGUAUGUGCCCCCCGUAUGCCCCUGUAUCUCCCAUACUAACCGAAAUAGUUCCUGGUUUAUGUUUCAAAAUUGGUUAUUGCUUUAAAUUGAGGACUGAUUGCGCUUAGACCAAAAAGAAAAGCAAUCGGUGCAAUGGUAUAUUUUUUGUUCUAGA